AUGUCACACAUCGAUAACAUAAAAGUUUGCAUACUUGACAUAGUCUGUUAACAGAAGGUAGUGGGUCUGCCCCUCUUUUUCCUAUGCAAAUCAAACUGCUAUUAAUAUUUAUUUUUAGCAUCCUAACAACUUGGAUAGUCUCUUAGAAAAAAUUAAAAAUGCAUUUGAAAAUUAAAGUACUGAUAUUCCUGGGCUCAAAUAUGACAAUGGAGACACAAGAUUGCUAUUUAACCCCUUUUCGCAUGUUGUCAUGCCCAUUGGUGGCUAUAAUCCUGUCUGGGCUUCCCUCCAUGGCUGUUGCCUUGCAUUGGCAAUACCCUGCAAGAAAUUUUAUUUUAUUUUUUUAUUUUUUUAUUUUUUGUGUUUCAAAAGCUGGCUUUAUCUUGUGUACUUAUCAUGCCCUUUUGGUUCCUCAACAUAUUUAGUAUCAACUAUGCUUAGGCAAGAAAUCUUAUGAUUGUGAAAAGGCACCAUUUAUCAACUAACCAUUUAAUCAAGAAUAAUGGCCUUGGCAGUUGAACUCAUACAAUUACUGACCAAGUGUAAGCUCUCCUCAUCUCAACACGAACAGGGGAAGCCAGUCUGUUUCAUAAUAAGCUUGAAAUCUGAAACAUGGACAUGGAGUGAGGAGAGAAUCGUGAAAUAAAUAGCAGGGUUAUUCAGACUUUCAACUUGAAACAAGCUAGUGAUUAAUGUUUCUUGUAGCCUUGUUUAACUGUAUAUAAGAAGACUUCAGUGCCCUGCCCUGGGUAUGCUUAAUAGUUGAGAGUAUAUGUAUAUACCACACUUGGGAAUUAACACCCUGUAUAUGAGAGUGAUGUACUCUAUUGUGCUAUCUGUAGCUAUAUCUAUAUUGCUUGGAGGAGAAUUAUUUGCCCUAAAGAGCUUAACCAAGUUUUACUUUUCUUGUCUUCUGCUUUUGGCACAUUAUUUCAUUCUAUGAUUUGCAAAUCUAGCCUUCUUUAAGCUACCCUUUAAUUUAUGCUAGACAUAAAUGUUUUCCUUUCUC